AUGUCCUAUAGACGUCACGCCGAUAAUUUAACGACAAGAAAUAAUAAUUCUGGAGGAGAUGAUGAAAACUCACCGAUCGUCACCGUCUAUGUGAGAUGGUCACAACAUUUUGUGAUCAGUGCGACCGAUGAAACCAAACAAAUUUCAUCUAAGCAUUCGCAAACAUUUCUUAGGAUUGGUUAA